UUUUAACUUGACACAAUAUAUGCUUCCUUGCAGGAGGUCUGUUGUAUAAAGAGAGACCUCAGUCACACACUAACUAGAGCACAAUGAGGAACUGUAUCUUGAUAACAGCUUCACUUCUCUGCAGCCUCAUUUGGAUCUCCGUCUCAGGUUUGAAGUCUCAGACUGUGGAGGUCCAGUCUGGUGAUGAAGUCACACUGCAGUGCUCCAACUUUUCCAGUACUUACACACAGAUCAUCUGGUUCAGACUGAACAGAAGUGAGCCUCGCUGCAUCUCCCAUAUGUUUAGGUCUUUUGAACCUGCUACAUUCUGCAGUGGAUUCAAAGAUGGAAAAUUCAACAUGACAUCAAACAUUUCCACUGUCUUCCUCAACAUCAAACAAGUGGAUUUGUCCGACUCUGGACUUUAUUUUUGUGGAUAUUAUUUGAGCAGAUAUCCACUGAUUGUUGAUGCAACAUUUUUAGAGGUUCAAGAAGUGAAUUAUGAAAUGACAAAGCUGGUGGCCGUGGUCCUGGUCGGUUUGGUGGUUGUCAUGGUGAUGAUCAUCAUUUGUCUGUCUGUUAAAAUCAAAUGGCUUCACAAAGCUCAUAUUGAAGAACAGGACCCACAACAGGACGAGAAUCUCGGGGCAGACAGCCUGAUCUAUUCCGCUGUGACUUUCCGUCCAAAAACCGAGCGAAACCUCAGGCCUGACCCCAACAGAGAAGACGACAAGAGUUGUAUUUAUUCAGACACCAGAUAGACUCAGGAAGCACCUGCAACCGCAGCUAAAAUAGAACAAAUAGGAACUGAUGCUUUAUAAUUAAUGUGAUGGUGUGUUUCAAAGUGGUUGCUAGAAGUACAAAACAAAUUCAAAUAAUGUCGAGAGUGAACCUGAGCAAACCACUAGGCAAAACACGUUGUUCAUUCCUCAUAAUUAUCAAAUGGAAACCUCUUUGUGAUGAUGAAUGAUCCUACAUCCUCCCCACAGCACAAACAAACUGUUGGGGAUACAUUUUUGAUCUGACUCACCUUUCUUUGUCAAUGCAAUGCUCAUCCUAUCGUUGUUAUGCUGCCGAUACACAGGUUUAUCUGUCCAAUGAACCAUGUGAAUGCAAUAAGAUGGCAUCCAAUCAUUCUCAUUCACUGCAUAACUGAUGUAAGAGACUGGAUGUCACAAAAUAUCCUUUGGAUAAACUCUGAUAACACAGAAGUUAUCAAGUUUAAGGCCAGAAUCAAGGUUUCGGACAGAUGCCACUUAAAUCAGCAUCUUUUUAUCAACUUAAUUUCCAAAAAAUUUGCUCAUUAUAGGUUUCUCUGGUGUUCUUUUGUAUCUGUAGUGUGUUCACUGUUGGUGCAUUUGUGUCAGCUUUAAAUGGAGCCAUGUAUGUUAAAGGUUUAUUUGGUUUUUUUUAAGCCUUUAUUGUAAAGAUAGGACAGUGGAUAGAGUCAGAAAUCAGGGAGAGAGAGAGAGAGAGAGAGAGGGGAAUAACAUCCACAAGUCGGACUUGAACCCAGGCCAUCUUGGAGCACCACAGCCUCAACAUAUGGUCUGCACGGACUAACCACUAGGCUACUGGCGCCCCAUGACUCCCCUUUCUUAAUUUGCAGUCAGCAGAUGGUUGUUCAAUAUGAGUCUCGUUCUACUCAAGGUUGCUGCCUCUUUUUUCUUGCCACUUUAACUUUGUUAAAUGUUGCUUAGUUUUGUGCUCAUGGUGGAUUAAUGUUGGAUCUUU